AUGGCAAGCGGACUUUUCGAACAAGUUGACAAUGAGCCCGUCGAGCAAGACAAGAAGAAGGAGCGCAGAGUCAAGUUGUUCAGUUACGACUCCGUGGCAGCCCAAAUGUUGGAACCAUACGGAGAGAACGGAUUGGAUUCUCUCACUCUUCAGCAGGUGUGGGCGGGCACCUCCAAAGGAAACAAGAGCUGUGUCUACCACUCUCACUUGGCAGCCGAUCAAUCUUCAGACGCCUGGCAUGUAGGCGCGGGCAUCAGCAUGACCGCGGCCGCGCUCCUGGCCGCCAUCGCUAAUUUCAAGAGCCCGAACAUGAAAAAUCUUAUCGUCCCGACGUUGUAUGAUAAGGUGCUGCUGGAGGUUACAACCCUGGAACCCAUCUUGUUGGCCCUCAACUUCGGCAAGGGCUCAGCCAGUGCAACGGACACAGGUUCAUUUCGGGCAGCAAAAAAAGCCAAGUUGACAACCUCCGCCGACGUGAGUGCCACAGGCUCCACGGUCGAUCCGGCAGACGCGGCAGUGAAGUUUCGCAACUGGUUGCUUCAGGAGAAGAGUGCGUUCAGAGGCUUUCUCUUUGUUUUGUCUGGUAAGAACAGUUACUACUCCGGUCAAGUGGCAGAGUUGGUGGCUCGCUCAGCCGUGACUUGCAAGCCAAUGUCGGAGCAAGACUUUGUGAAUGCAGUGAAAGCCCGAAUGCAAAAGCCGGAGGAAGGGCUUGGCAGCAAGGUUGCCGGUUCGACUCCCUCUGGUUUGUUUGAUGCCUGA